AUGUUUUGCAUUAUCUUACUUUCAUCGAUUGCGAUAUUACUCAUUACCAUUUAUUUUUACAUUAAAUGGAAAUAUUUUACUCUACGUGGCUCAGCACCUGGUCUCGGACCCGAAUUCUUAUUUGGUAAUCUUCGUCAACUCAGUGUGAUUGGACCGAAUAAAGAAUUAAUUGAUACCUACGUUCAUGCUUGUGACAAACUUCAAAAGAAAUUUGGAGAUUUAUUUCAAUUGUGGAUGGGUUCAAAUCAUUUUUAUGUAUUCUGUCGACCUGAACAUGCUGCACAAAUCUAUGGAGAUCGUUAUCGAUUUGAUCUUGCUGUAAUGCGCACAAAAACAUUUGGAUUAAUAUCAGAAAAUUUCAUUAUUUCACUUACUGGCUCAAAAUACAAACGACAUGCUAAAGCGAUAUUGCCUAUGUUAAAAAGGAAUAAAUUCUUAUCACAAAUACCAAUUAUCAUCGAUUGUGUCGAUCAAUUAAUUCAUGUUUGGAAACUUCGAUAUGAAAACAAUGAAGAUAUCCCAUGUACAUCUAUAGUCAAUGAUAAUCAACAUUUGAUGUUAGAUACGUUCACACUUCUAACAUUUGAUUAUGAUUUGGGAAAUUUAAAGUAUUUAGCCCAAGAAGCAAAGAAAUUUAAUCGAAAUAAAAAAUAUCAACCAUCCGAUUUUGGUCAAGCAUUAUCAACUUGGCUUGAUGCAUUAAGACGUGUCAAUAUGAAUGGUCUACCAUAUAUUAUCAACUAUUAUCUGUUGAAAUUCGAUCGAAAAUAUCAAAGUGCUUUGAAAAAACUUCAAGAUCAAGCGGAAGAAAUUAUUUCGAAAUGUCAAAUGGAAAUGAAUGAAAAUGAGAGACCUACUAAUCUUGUUGCAUCAUUAGUAUCCACAUUACAAAAAGAUGAAGAACUGGAAAGAAAGAAAAGUGAAAACGAACAACGUGGUAUUACAAAAAAGGAAUUAUUAGAUGAAAUAUUAGGAUUAAUUCUCGGCGGUUUUGAUACGACAUCAACUGUCCUAUCUUGGUUUAUAUAUUAUAUGAGCAAAAAUCCUCAAGUUCAACAAAAAAUUAAAGAUGAAUUGAAGCAACAUAAUAUUACAAAAGAUACCUCAUUAGAUGGUUUGAAUCUACUUGAUAAAUGUGAAUAUCUUGAUUGUGUCAUCAAAGAAACAUUAAGAAUACAACCAAUUGGUAUCGGUUCGCCUCGAACCGUUACUGAAGAUGCUACUAUUGAUGGAGUGAACAUUCGUAAAGGAGAAUCAGUUUUAUCGGCAUUCUCUUUUAUGCAACGUGAUCCAAGAUAUUGGAAAUUAGAUCCUAAGCAGUUCAUACCUGAAAGAUUCUUUGGUAUUGAUGCGCCUGAUGCCAAUCAUAAUCCAUAUGUAUUUGCUCCUUUUGGUGGUGGACAUCGAAUUUGUAUCGGACAAGAAUUAGCACGUUUAGAAUUAAAAUUAAUUAUUACUCGUUUUAUGCUUUUCGUCACUUUUAUUGAUGGACCUGGAAACAACGGUGGAUACUAUCAAAAGAUGACAAUUUUACCAAAAGAAGUCUCUGUUUUUAUAAAGUUUGAUUGA